UAGCAGAAGCUCAACAAGGUGUCUGUGACAGUACAAAUAGAGACUGCUCUCCCUCCUUCUCUAGACAGCUUUUUUAAACACUUUCACUCACAUUUGCCAUUACAUCUUAGUAAUCAUCAACAUUCAAGAUGGCUCCUACUAAAUUUCCUUGUGCUACUUGGACUCGCAUAACUUCCAGCAAACGCCUUUACAGAUCCUCCCAAGCUGUCUCUGCUGUUGGCCAAAAGGUCUACAUCUUUGGCGGCGAGUUACUCCCACGUGAACCAGUUGACAACAGAGUCGAUGUUGUCAGCCUUGAUGUCCAAGAGCAUGGUGCCCAGAAACUCACGGCUCCCGCCAAGGCUCCCUCACCUCGAGUCGGCAGCCCAAGCACCACCAUCGGAAGCAACAUCUUCCUCUUCUCUGGACGCGGCGGCCUUGAGAUGAAGCCGAUUGAAGAGAAAGGUGCUAUCUGGCGGUACAAUGCACCCGAAAGUAUAUGGGACUCCAUCAAGCCUGCAGAUCCUUCUGUGUCGUUUCCGGAUGGUCGAAGUUAUCACUGUAUCACGUCAGAUGGAGUUGAUCAGCUUUAUCUCCACUCUGGAUGCCCUGAGAAGAAUCGAUUGAACGAUCUUUGGGUCUUUGAUGUAAACAAACGGGCUUGGACCGAGUUACCCUCUGCACCAGGACCUGCUCGUGGUGGCUCCUCCAUCGCAUUUUGCGAUGGGAAGCUCUAUCGCAUGAAUGGCUUCGAUGGAAAGACAGAACAGGGCGGUGCCUUGGACAUCUAUAACAUCGCAGCUGGUUCAUGGUCUACAGUUACUUACAAACCCGAUGGCCUUGAAGGCCCUGAAGCACGAAGUGUCGCAACACUACUCCCCGUCUCAGUGCAGGGCAAGACCUUUUUAAUCACAAUGUUUGGCGAAAGAGACCCUAGUGCUUUAGGCCAUGCAGGAGCCGGAAAGAUGCUUUCCGACGUCUGGGCUUUCGACAUUGAGGAGAGUACCUGGCAGAGAGUGGAUAUUAGUGAAAACGGGCCUGUUGCUAGAGGUUGGUUUGACGCUGAUGUUGCGCGCGAUGAAGAUGGGAUGGAUACUAUCCAAUGCAUAAAACCGGUUCCCGAACAACCGUGUGAAUGGUGCGCGAAUCAUGAUCUUGAGUGCGCUGUCAAGAGGGAGUCGCAAAGGAAGACAGACGUGAACACUGCCCUCGUAAGCCAUGUCAAGACGCUUGAGCGUCGAGUCACAGAGCUUGAAGCAUCUCUUCUGCAGAUGCGCUCCGACAUUCGAGCGUCCACAUCAACUCCGACCGCAAAUCUGACGUCUCCACGCUCAGCCUUUGGAAAUCACUCUGAGGACACCUCGGUUUGUAUCUCCCCAUGUAUCCAACAGAAAACUGCAGUGUCUGCGCCUGCAGAGCCAUACCCGCUCUGGACAUGUCUCGGACAACAUUGGUACUUCAAGGGCAUACCUAUCAACUCCACCAAAGGCCGUGAGUGGAUGUCUUCAAAGGUCGGCGAAAGCGUCUCUCUAGAUGGCUUCCGUCUGUUUGGUACGCAGAAACGCGAUUUGAGUAGCCCACCACCUUCAUUCAGCUUUCCGGAACGGCACACUGUAGAGGAAUUUCUAAAUUCAUACUUCAACUCACACUGGCGACUUAUAUACCCUAUCAUUGACCCAGGACUUGUUGAAGAUACUUUGGCGGAAGCUUACGCCGAGUCCCGAGGAGCACGGGUAUGCCUUUUGGCGUUCAUGGCUAUGAGUUCGCGGUUGAAGGGCUCCCAACUGCAGCCUAAUGAGAGUGAUGUCUAUGUACAUGCGUCACACAGCUAUUUGCCACAAUUACUCAGCCAGAGUACGCUGGAGAGUCUUCAAACAGUUCUUAUGUUGCAAAUAUAUCAUCUACUGUCUGGUCAGUGGGGGACAGCUGCUACACUUCAUCCUCACACCUGUCGCAUUGUGUACGAUCUCAAAGGGCAUAUCUCAAAUCCCCUCACACCAGGCGAAUCCGACAGCCCACGCCGACACACACAUAUCCGAAACCUCUUCUGGAUAUGUUAUAUCUUCGAUAAGGACAUAGCCAUCCGUUUCGGAAGACCGCCUUGCCUCACCGGAGAUUAUUGUGACCCGACGCUCCCGGAUAAUUGGGCUCGCAUAUAUAGUGGAGGGUUCACUGAAGCUUGCACUCAAUUUCCCCAGAACGACACUGUUUGCUUUUCGCAGGACCUGCACCUAUCCCACCUCAAAGAACAAAUAUGUCUAUUUCUUUGCUCUCUAGACAACUCAGGUUUAUCAGAUGGAACGAUUCUCGGUCAAGUUCGCCAAUUAGACCUUGAUCUUGAGACAUGGCGCUCAAAUAUCCCCGUGGAUUACAGGCCAAAGUUGUCCGUCCUUCCCGAGCAAUCACUCUUCCACCCGCAUAUGUCGUUCGCCCAAAGGAGAAGAUGCAUUCAUCUCCAGCUAGAGUACAAUUACCUAACAACGGUAAUCCAUGCUGCCGUCCGUAGAUGUGGCGGAGUAUAUGCUGUGGACGAUAAUUUACCUGAUGACCUACACAGCGUCUAUCAUUCAAGCAGUGACAUUUCUCUCGAAGCCAGUCGCACAACGCUAAAGAUCUUCAAGACUUAUGCCGAUGCUCUCCAGGAGGACAUGUUCGGUCACAUUACAUUUCACCCUCCCAUAGCGGCCAUGGCGCUAUUCAUGAACAUUCUGAUCCAUCCUUUGGAUCAACGGGCUCGACGCGACCUUGACCUCUUGGCGGGGUGUGCAACGUUAUUCCAGAGCACGGCGAUGGAAGAGUUGACAAAUGAUGACAUGGACUGCAUUCAUGAGCUCAUUAGGUUUAUAUCGGAACUGGUCCGUCUUGGUAACAGUGCGGUAUGGAAGGCAAAGAGAGAAUGGAGGAGCACAACCGGGAUAUCAUCAUGACCCGGCGUUGACGGAAUGAGAAACUCCCAAAUAAACUUCCCGGCCAUCCCAUUUCGUGGCCGGGCCGUGCAACUGAUGACGACGUUGGCUUGGAUAUAAUUGGUCUUGAUCAGACGGAGAAGGAUCUUUAUCUUACGCGCCCUCUUUUGACUUACAGAUUCUCGCAAUUUACUGUCCACGCCUUUCAGAUGACGCUUUUCAUCUUCAUAUUCCAAUACUACAUGAAUCGGAUCAAGUUCCCGGCCCCGCUUAUGAUAAGCACUGGCUGUUCUGAAU